UGCUGCCAGCUGUGCCCUUCCCUCCUCACGCGUUGGGCACAAAACCUGCCUGACGAGUGCUGUCAAAUCCCUUGUCACGUCUGACAGGAGUAGAAAUCAUCGUAUCUCAGGAUUGUUUGUUGUUUAUGGAUACCCAGCAGUGUGCUCUGCAAUGAAGAGAGUCAGAAAUCAAAUCCCAGAGGAGGAGCCUCUCUCCAAACGCAUCAACAACCUGCACUUGGACAACUCAUCUGGCCUGCUUACAGCGACGCCACCCAGCCUUGUCGUACCUACUACCUCACACAACCUGCCUGCACAACCAUGUGACUCAGGGAGACCAACAAACUUACCAAAUGUCCCUUUACAUAAUGGUUUGACAAACGGCGUGCUGAACUCAGGGAUGAAUGGUGCGGGGCAAGAUGUUGGAGACGUGCAUGAAAUAGACAGGUUGGCCACUGAAAUAUUAAGCAGAGAUAUGCCGGAAUCUCUUAGUAUAGCCUACCCCAAUAUGAAUCCUACUGAAAACAAUCAAUAUUUUAGCUUCAAUAAACUCUUGCACGACCUGCAUAUCGAAAGAUUAAGAAGGUUAGGGAAAUUGCCUCUAGGUAGUUUAUGAUUGAAUAAGAACUUUAAUAUUAACCCUUUUGACGUUUCAUGAUGUUUUAUAUAUUCAUUUUCUCCUUUUUUUUUUUAUAUAUACUUAUGAGCAGAUAGAGUCCCAGUGCUUACUUUGGUAGUUUUUCGUAUAUCAAACAUUUUAUGUAUUUGGAAAGCAAUAUGAAGUAUUUGUAUCCUAUGUAUAUUUCACAAACUCAUGGCCAUUAAAUGUAAUGAGAACAGAUUUAGUUCACAGGUUUUCAUGAAACAAAUGUGUCGUGUUAUAAUCUCCAUUUUACCUUUACCCCAUGUUUUUUGUUUAAUAUUGAAGGUGCUAUAUUGUCACAUGACUAAAGUAAAGAUUGUGUCUUGGUAACUAGUGUGUCUGCUUAAAAUGUUGAGAAUGUUUUCACUGCAAAUUCAUCAUGCAGGUUAAUCUUUUACUUUGUGAGUUUAUUGUGAAUGUUGCUUUACUCUACUUUCAAAUGUGAUUUAGUAAUAUGAUAUGGACUGAAUGUGAAUAUUAUGUAUUAUUUAUAGUGUACGAGAAUGUCAGGAUGUUUUGGUAUGAUAAUUUUUCUUUUUAGCUUUGUGGCAUUCAAGUGAAGUGUAUUUUUUAAGAUAUCUAAUAUCAAAUAAAUAAGUGUAUUUGGAUUUUGCAUGUUAAGUUCUUGUUUUCUGUUUUUUUUUUUUUUUUUUUUAGUUGUGACUUUAAAGCCAGUAAAUUUCUUAUAAAAGAAGAGAAAAUCUAGGUGUUAGUUUUUGCACCUGAUGGAAGACACAAGGCCAAUCCCAGCACAACCCAUCGGAUCUGGGGCACGUCUUUGGCUAUGGUAGACAGAAGGCAAGACAAACCUGUCCACUCCUCCUCCACCUUUUAUCCCUAUCCUCCUACCUGUCCCCAGUGUUCUCUGUGCCUGCCUUUUCCUGUGAGAAGUCCUAAUACACCAUAUCCUUUAGUUUGACAUAUUGUUAAUUCAGCCAUGCCCACGAAUUAUUAACAUACCUUUAUACAUGACCUGGUGUCUGUCCUUCUUAUAUCCAUAGACAUACCUUAGCUGCAGAGAAAGGCAUGAUACAUGAACCUUGAUGUCUAGGAAUUAAAAUUGUUGCUUUUUGUGGUCACUUGAUAUUCAUUUUGAUUUUAUAUGUCAUGGGGAAGACUCUUGAAUCUCUGUUUUGUGAUGCAUGUUAGGGUUGAGUUGAAGUUACAGAACAUGAACUUUGUAUUGUAUCGAAUAAUAUUUUGUAAGAUCUGGAAAAGGAUGGAUAUUCUUGUUGGAUUUAAGGAGACUGUUGAAAUAUCAUUAUGAAUAUGGAGAUUCGAAUCAUGUUGAAUAAUGUGUGCAACAUUGUAUUUUUUUAAGUAAAGGAAAACAGGAAA